AUGUUUUACUUCAAGAACAUCAUCGUUCUUUUGUGCUUGUCCUGUCUCUUCCUCAAGGCUAGCCUGGCCACUUCUUCUGCCAACCCUACCGAAGUUGCCAACGUCGAUGAUGUAGUUGCUGGGAAUAUUGGCACUGCAGCCGUCAAUAACCCUAACGAGGCCUUCGACGAUGUCGACGGUAAUGGCAUGUCCAUGGCUACCACAGAUGUCGAGGAAGAGUUGAGCUCUGCAGAUGCAGCGUUUUGA